AACUUUAAAAUUAUUUUACUUUCCACUCACUCUCUUUCCUUCUUUAACCGCAAACAUUUUCUCUCACUGAUUGAACUCUUUCAAAUCACGCGCCGCCCUCUCAUCUCCAACACUGCACCCGCCGGCGCCGCCCAUUCACCUGCGCGCCUUCGCCAACAACCAGCUCUCGCCGCCUUCUUUCUCUCAACUUCCCAAACUCGUCUGUGACCACCACCAUCCUCCUUCUUCGUCUAUUGGUUUAACAACAUUGCUCCAGUGAAAUGAUAAAAAUGAACUGGAACUUUUAAAGUGAAAAGAGGAUGUCUGGCAGCAGAGGAAGGUGGUUACGCUUAUUUGUGCAAUUCAAGCUUUUUCCUACAACAUCAAUAUGCAACAAAUCUGCCCAGAGAAGUUCCUUUUGCACUUCGUCAAAAAACAAUAACAACAACAGCAAGGGCAUCGUCGUCGAUGAACGCUAUCAGCAGCUCGAAAAUCUCGACAUGAUUACUGCCGCCAAGAUCCUUUUCACUGAUCCCCCAAAGAAGAAAAAGUUUGGGUUUGAUUUUCAUCUUGUGCAAUUUUUUUUUGCCUGCAUGCCUUCCUUGGCUGUAUAUUUGGUGGCGCAGUAUGCUCGUUAUGAAAUAAGAAGAAUGGAAGGGGAAGUGGAGGAGAAAAAGAAAAAGAAGGAAGAAGAAGAAGCAAAGGAAAGAGAAAAAGAACUGGAACUAAAUCCCCCCCAGGAAAAUGAAGCAAAAUCUGAUGCUCAGCUGUCAGAGGUGAAAGAAAGACUGGACAAACUUGAAGAGACCGUAAAGGAGAUUGCUGCAAAGAAGCAAUCAAGCAGUAACAUACACACAAAUCAGGUAACUGGUGAAGCGAAAUUACCCCAAAAUGUAUCUGCACCGAGUAACACGAGUGGAGGCAAGGAUAAUUCUCUGAAGUCAAAGCCAGAAUUAGAUGAAGAAAGUAAGGGUUCAGUGGUAACUCCACAUUCUUCUCUUCAGGAUACAACAGGCCAGGAUCAAAGUGAAAAAUCUUCUUAAAGGUGCUUGGAUCUGAAGAACAUUUUUUAAGUCAAAAGUACAUAAUUUAUCAAAAGCUGUAGUGAGGGAUCUUAUUGACAUUUUGUUGAUUUUUGUUGGUGGAAACUUGAAAGCAAUUUCUAGUCAUGUUUUAUGAUAUUUCCCAAGCCAUGGUCAUGGUGUCUAGGGAAACUUGGAAAUUGGAUGCGUCAUGGAUGGCAUCCCCCCAUGAAAUGGUUGGCUGAAUUUUGACUGAAAAUCAUGGUAGCCUCCAUCAGAGGCUGUUCACUUUACUUCUUUCCCAUGGAUGGUAUAAUGUAAAUCCAAGAUUGAAGAGAUAAAAGAAGUGAGAUAUUGAAUGUGGAUUUUUAUUC